AUGGAUCCCCCAGCCGACCACGAUACUUUUCAUCAUUCGGUGGACGUGAUCUUCGAUGAGUUGCGCAAACGAGCACUGCAUGACAGGCCUGAUAAUGUAACGGAAUAUCUGAUGGAAAACCUCAAGAAGCUUUCCGCCGAGUCACAUCCUGAAUCCUGUGACGUCAUCCCUGAUGCUGCUUCGCCAGAAUUAAAAAAACGCGCCCUUACAAUUGUUAUUCUUGGCGCGAGUGGAGAUUUGGCGAGAAAAAAGACAUUUCCGGCCCUUUUCCAGUUGUACUGCAACGGUUUGCUUCCACGGCACAUUAAUAUUGUUGGCUACGCCCGCUCCAAGAUUGAGGAUACAGAAGCAUGGAAGAAGACAUCAUUGAUACAGUAUUUCUCGCGUGCGAAUGGAAUUGGUUGCCACAUUGAGUCCUUCCUGAAGAGGGUCAGCUACGUUUCUGGUUUAUACGACCGUGCUGAGGAUUUCGCUCGCUUGAACGAUUUCAUUUGCCGCUUGGAGGAGUGUUUUAAGGGACAACAAAAGGGAGGAAAUCGUCUGUUUUACCUCGCACUUCCUCCUAAUGUCUUUAUGGACGCCUGCGUGGGUCUCCGAAAGAGUGCGAUGCAGAAACCAGAUAUGGGCUGGGUCCGCGUUAUCGUUGAGAAGCCGUUUGGUCGUGAUACAGAGAGCUCUGCCCAGCUUUCAAAGAGAUUGGAGCCACUUUUUGACGAGUCUCAAAUCUUUCGCAUAGAUCAUUACCUUGGAAAAGAAAUGGUGCAGAACAUUGUUGUGACACGCUUCGCCAAUCGUGUGUUCAGCGCACUCUGGAACAGCAACAACAUUGCGUGCGUGCAGAUUACAUUCAAGGAGACGAUUGGCACAGAAGGGCGUGGUGGCUAUUUCGACAAAGUGGGAAUUAUUCGCGAUGUCGUCCAGAACCACCUCACACAGAUUCUAUCGCUUCUGACAAUGGAGAAGCCUCGUUCGCUCAGUGCUGAAGACAUUCGGGACGAAAAGGUUGUGGUUCUCCGACACGUGGAACCCAUAACUCCUAACGACUGUGUGUUGGGACAAUACACAGCAUCGGGGGACGGUAAGAUGCCCGGCUACCUCGACGAUCCAAAAGUGCCGCCUGGCAGUAACUGUCCUACUUUCGCUGUGCUCCGACUGCGCAUUAACAAUGACCGCUGGAGCGAUGUGCCGUUUAUCAUCAAGGCUGGAAAGGCUUUGGAGCAAAGGUUUCUUGGCAUUCGUAUCCAAUUCAAAGACGAAAUACGCCCAUUUGGCGAUGCCGCAACGCGCAAUGAGCUCGUAAUUCGGGCGCAGCCGUCCGAGGCCAUGUACGUAAAGCUCACUUCGAAGACACCAGGUCUGCUGCAGGACAUCCACCAGACGGAGCUUGAUCUCACGUACGAGGCCCGUUACAAUGUGACGAUUCCCGACGCCUAUGAAAGCCUUAUCCACGAGGCCCUGAUGGGGAACUCCACCAAUUUUGUCCGAAAAGAUGAGUUGGACGCCGCAUGGAGAAUCUACACCCCGUUACUCAAAGCCAUUGACCGCGGGGAGGUAAAGACGCUGCCGUAUGCUGCAGGAACACGGGGACCGCCAGAGGCACAGUCGUUCAUCUUUGACAGUGGUUACAAGAUGACGGACAACUACGAAUGGACACAAUGGAAGAAGAAGCAUCCGGGGAGAUCGUAA